AUGGUGGACGCACCGAUGCCCUACCAGGCCAGAAGGGGUGAUAUUCUCCCGUUCCAUGCCCCAAUAUCGCACCCGAAGACAGCACACGGCAACACCUUCAUCCUUCUCGCAUGCUGUGUGAUCACCGCGGCAACCCAAGGCUACGAUGGCGCAAUGAUGAGCGGGUUGAACAUCAUGGCCCAAUACACCGACUACUUCCAGCUGACCACCGCCACCCGCUCUCUUAACGUCGCAACCAUCUACAUCGGCGGAUGCAUCGCCUGCCUGUUCUGGGGCUGGCUGACGGACAAGUACGGCCGGCGCGUCGCCCUGUUCUGGGCGGCCGUCAUCACCAUCACGGCGGCGGCCCUACAGGCGGCGGCGCAGAACAUCGCCAUGUUCUGCACGGCGCGCAUAAUCAUCGGCUUCGGAACGACCGCGUCCGCGAUCACGGCGCCCGCCUACCUCGCCGAGACGCUCCCCUGGGACCAGCGGGCCUGGGGGCUGGGGCUGUUCGACGAUCUCUUCUACGUAGGCGCCCUGACCGCCGCCGGCGUCUCGUACGGCACGGCGCAGAUCGAGGGCUCCUGGGCGUGGCGGCUGCCCAGCCUGCUCCAGGGCGUCUGGGGCAUCGCGUGCAUCCUGCUCCUCCCGUGGAUGCCCGAGAGCCCGAGGUGGCUUGUGGACGUCGGCCGCGGGGACGACGCGCUGACUGUGCUCGCGCGCAUCAACUCUGGCGGCGACGAGGAGGACGAGCGGGUUCGGCUCCAAUUUAUCGAGAUCGUCGACACGAUUGGGUACGAGAGAAACCCAAUGCCGUGGACCCAGAUGCUUAAGAAUAGGGGCACUAGGAAGAGACUCAUCAUUACUGGUACCUGUGCGCUCUUCUCAAUGGUCAUGGGGAAUACUCUGGUGACCUACGAGAUCGGCAAGGUGUUGGACCAUGCCGGGCUCGCGGACCCGAAGCAGCAGCUGCUUGUGAAUGUGGGUCUGAACUGCUGCACGUUGAUCGUGUCAAUCCUGGGCAGUUUCUACACAGACAAGCUUGGAGCCAAAUCCGCCGCCUUGGUGUCCACAGGGGGGCUCACCGUCAGUCUAUUCGUCAUCGGUGCUCUGACCAAGACCUACGGCGACUCGGACUACCAGCCUGGCAUUUACGCAUCAGUCGCCAUGAUUUUCGUCUUCAGCGCAUGUUUCGGCUUCGGCUGGAUACCCAUCCUGUUCUUGAUACCCGCCGAGAUGCUCAACUUCAGCAUCCGCGCCUGGGGUAUGAGCAUGUUCAGCUUCGUUAUCUGUGUGACAGGCAUCUGGGCCAACUUUGCAUUCCUCUUUGCGCUCGAGAACAUCGGCUGGAGGCUUUACAUCAUCAACGGGGCUUGGAACAUCGCCAUGUUUGCAUUCAUUGCGUAUUACUGGGUCGAAGUCAGGGGCAAGACGCUUGAGGAGAUCGACGCGCUGAUAGACGGGAAGAAGCACUCGGACGUCCCUGACUUGGAGCUGCUGAUACGUGGAGCUGUCGACGCGAGAUGGAAGGACAAGUUCGCCGCGUGUCUGACAGCCAGUUGUUUACGGAAGAGGGACGAUCAGAUUGACAGUCGGUAG